AUGGCUUUGAGGAACCACAGCACCAUCACCGAGUUCAUUCUCAUUGGACUAUCUGACAACCCCCUCAUCGAGGCUCUGCUUUUUGUGGUCUUCCUGGGAAUUUACCUCCUGACUCUGAUGGGCAACUUGACGAUGAUGCUGGUGAUCAGGGCUGAUUCCCACCUCCACACACCUAUGUAUUUCUUCUUGAGUAACCUAUCAUUCCUGGACCUCUGCUUGUCUUCUGUCACUGUGCCCAAGCUAAUGGAGGACCUCCUGUCCGAGAAGCAAACCAUCUCAGUAGAGGGCUGUCUGACUCAGGUCUUCUUUGUGUUUCUUACUGCAGGAAAUGAAGCCUGUCUGCUCUCAGUGAUGGCCUAUGACCGCUAUGCUGCCAUCUGCCACCCUCUGCUCUAUGGCCAGGUCAUGAGCAACCAGCUCUGUAAUGGGCUGGUGCUGGCCUCCUGGGGCCUGGCCUCUCUCAAUGCAGUCAUCAUUGUGCUCUUGGCUAUUAACCUGGACUUCUGUGAGGCCCAAACCAUACACCACUACACCUGUGAGCUGCCCUCCCUCUUCCCUCUGUCUUGCUCUGAUAUCUCCAUCAAUAUCAGUAUCUUGUCCUUCUCCACUGUACUGCUUGGGCUUGGAAACUUCCUCCCAAUCUUCUUCUCCUAUGUCCGUAUUAUAUCCAGCAUCCUGAGGAUCAAUUCCACCACAGGCAGAAGGAAGGCUUUCUCCACCUGCUCCUCCCACUUCAUUGCAGUGAUCCUGUUCUUCAGCUCAGGUAUGCUUCGCUAUCUCAUGCCUCCCUGUGGUUCCUUCCUGGAUUUGCUCUUUUCCUUGCAGUAUAGUGUGAUCACACCCAUGCUGAAUCCCCUCAUCUACAGUCUAAAGAACAAGGAGGUAAAGACAGCUGUGAAAAGGAUAUUGGAGAAAUAUUUGCAAUAUUUUAGGUGGUGA